CUCUCUCUCUCUCUCUCUCUCUCUCUUAUAUAUAUAUCUAUCUUUAAUGCAAAAAAGAAAAGAAAUAUCGAAAACCCCUUUUCGGAGCAUACAUAAAAACAGAAAAAAUAUAUGUGCACUUGACCGACCGCCAUUGAAGCUGUGUGUACCAAGCAGUUUGUGCUUCUGACAAUGAUAAUAAUAACGAUAAUAUAAUAGUUAAAGAAAGUUCACCUCCUGUUCUCUCUGUGUCUCCUGGUUCAUUGUCUUUCUGGGCAACUGUUUCUCUUCAAUAGUCAGUUCCUUCAAGUCGAAUUGGUUCAGGAAGUGGAAGUUUUCGGGGUUGGGUUUAAGGAAAUAGUGAUAUUGGGGAUUGAAGGAAUGGAAUCGAUUGAAGGUGCUCAGGUUAGAUCCAUAAUAUGCGGAACGGAGCACGGAGAGAAUGGUGUUGGGGCCCAGCAAUUCGGCGACGACGGGGGGCUUCACAGCAUGAUGACUGUGCCGCCGGAAACAGGGAGUUCGUUCACUGCACUGCUGGAACUCCCGGCGAACCAGGCGGUGGAGCUCCUGGUUCACUCGCCGGCGACUAAGCUACCGGAAAUUGAACCUCAGAGGAAUUUCUAUCCCCGUUGUCCUCCGCCGCCGCCGAUUUUCCCUUCUGACAUAGCACUGAUUGACCGAGCCUCGAAAUUCUCGGUAUUCGCCGGGAAUUCCCCGGAGACGACCUCGAUUCCUUCGAAUUCCAGCUGGAAACCGAAUUUCGUGAAGCCCGAGCCCUUGGAUUCGGAUUCAAACCCCAACUCUUCUCCGGGCGUUUCCAAUCCCACUGUCAAUCAGAAUCAGAAAUCAACCAAGCGAAAGGACAGGGAGAAAAAGGUCAAAGAAUCAAGCAAGAAGAACAAGAAAUCUGCAAACAAUACCUCAGAAGACGGCGACGAAAGGUGCCCGUACGUCCAUGUCCGAGCUCGCCGGGGCCAAGCCACCGAUAGCCAUAGCUUAGCUGAGAGAGCUAGAAGAGAGAAGAUUAAUGCAAGAAUGAAACUGUUACAAGAGCUGGUCCCAGGAUGUAACAAGAUUUCAGGUACUGCAAUGGUGCUGGAUGAGAUCAUUAACCAUGUCCAAUACCUACAGCGUCAAGUGGAGUUCUUAUCAAUGAGACUUGCAACUGUUAACCCAAGAAUUGAUUUUAACGUUGAUACUCUCUUUGCUGCUGAAACUGGUUCCCCAGUAGAAAGUAACUUUCCGGGCAUGAUCAUGCCAUCGAUGUGGCCUGAGGGACAAGCCAACGGAAACAGGCAACCUUAUCAACAGCUAUGGCAUUUCAAUGGACUUCAUCGACCUGUGUGGAGUAGGGAAGACGAGAACUCACUAUUAACUUACGACUCAACAAAUCCAGCUUCUUUGCAUGCAAAUCAGCUAAAGAUGGAGCUAUGAAGGUAAAACGCGAAGCUUUUGGCUGUAGUUAGGCAUGUAUAUAUGACGACGCAGUAGUAGAUUGCAGGGAAUUUGAGAAAGGUGGUCACAACUCACAACAACUGGAAAUCGGGUUUCCAUGAUCUCUAAAUUGCAGCGACCUGGAAAUCCUAGUAUUAUCUCGCCUGAAGGGAUGACUGCUUGCUAGUCUUGAUUACAUAUAUACCCAUAUAUAUAUAAAUAUAUGUUUGAUAUAUAUAUAUAUAUGUAUAUAUACACUGGUGUUUUGCAUCUCUGUGAAUACUAACAACUUGAGAGACUCGUUCAAUCUGAUAUUGGGUGCAUGAAAUGAUUGAUUGAUUCAUAGUUGAGACUUGGGAAUUA